CGAAGAUCGUGCGGGUGGAACUAAAAGCGAAGAAUUUUGUUCUACUUCCGUCGGCGAUCACCGGGAGAGCGCGGGGACAGUCUCGUCGUCCAGGGCUGGUACAAUUACAGAGGAGGACCAUGCAAGAGAAGAUAGGACAAGAACUACCCGCUCCUCGCGCUCGGGACUGCACUUAUCUUCUGACGUCAAAAAUGAAAGGGGCGAAGAUCAUGACGAUCCGGUGGGAGGACCACAGGCUGCUGCACCCGCGGCUCUGGAGUCCAUUGUCGAGGAGCAACCUCCGCCGGCCCCUGUUGCACCACCACUACCCUUUCACCACCCCUUCUUCGCCUGGGGCCCCCUGCAUCCGUUCACGCUCUCGCGCCAUUUGCAGAACAGCGUGAGAUUGUCCCAGUUAGAGGCAUCAAACAGGACCGUUUGUGAGGCUGCAAAAAACGAUAAGGCGAAACAGGCUGUGGAAGUAGUAGGGGGACGAGAGAACCACGCAGCUGCUGUGUUCUUGCAAUCGUCGAUGACAGGAGGUACUAGCGGGUCGAACUCCGUUCUUGUAGUGCCACCCGAUCACUCACAUUCUCCUGCAGAUGAUCUUCGUCUACAACAACAUUCCGCAAAAACAGCUGGCCCCGACAGCGUCAAAUCGAAUGCGACCUUAUCAUGCUCCGGUGCGGUUGUAGGUGCAGAAGCCUCGGGAACAACGUCAGCACGACUCGGUGAAUCAACGGGAGAACCACGCGAGGCUCUUGCAGAGAAAAGGCAUCCUCCAGAACAAAAAUCAGAAGAGGGACUGGAUUAUUCUAUUGGUCAUGGCGGAACAAGAGCUGCGGCAGAGGUACCCGCUGACCGACUGUCUUCGAGAAUUGUCACAGAAACCGAAGUUCUGCGUCUAAAACCGGUAACGACACUAAACGCGCUCGCCGGACAGGUGCUUGACCAAAACAGCCGCGCAUCUAGAGCUGCAGGGCCGAGGGUAGCAGGAGCCUCGGCUGUUGUGCAGCCAGGUCCUCAAGCUACUUCCAUGCCCUCGAAUAACCCGCACGAUCUUCAAAGCAGGGCUGUACUAAAAACGGCGACGACCACAGCCACGUCCGAUCCUAACACCCCGAACCCGGCAGGUCUGCGAUUCGCGAAACUGGUGGCCGACUUUUUUCGCACGUCGAUCGCAGACAGAUUACUCCUUCUCGGCGGGGAUCUUCACGACAAAACGCACUUUUACCUCGCACAGGGAAAGACAAAAAUGUCCAUUCGCGAAAGCUGUGUGCGCGACGAUGAGGAGGAAUUUGCGGACGAUGUUGAUCCGCUGCAGCACCCAGCGACCUCCACCUUGGACGCUGUUCCAGAGCAUGGCUUACAACAGCGAGCGCAAUCUACCACUUCCAGUGGCGUGCUUCCACAAGCCCAAGUGCAUGGCACAGCAGCAACAGGAUCGACAUCUUCGGGAGGAGGUUCUUGCGCUGUUAAUAUCUCGGAUGGAGGCGACCCAGAGAUCGGGUACACCACGCCGCAGGAGCUGGGGCAUUUAGUGCGAGAGCGGUUCAUGGAGUUGCUGUCGAAAGUAACGGCGCAGAAUGAUCGGCAAAAUGCGGUUACAGGUGGCCAACAAGAAGGCGCAUCGGAGAAUGAUCCGCUUUUGUUUAAUGAGUUUUUCAACGCACCGCAGGCCAGGUGGCACAUGAUCAGCCAGAGAACCGUCGAUAACGAUAGUAACGAUGACCAAGGAAUUCCUGCGAUCGUGGUUUCUCGGUUGGUUGAGGCGCCUGCUCCUGUCCCUGCGGAAUCUACUUCGGAAGCACUGCCUUCGGAAGCACGGCGGCAAAGUGAGGCAGAGCUGCGAGCACUUGGAGAUGGUGCAGGGUGUGCAAGCAAAGCUGAGUCAGAUGAGCGUGGCAGUUCCACCGUAGGACCGACAGCACCAGAAGGGCCAGGCAUGAUAGAUUGCAGUACUCCUACAACUGCUUAUCAACCCCCUCGCGUUCAUCUUCAAGGAGCUUCAGUUCCUGGCUCAAUGCGAGAGGAGCAGGCUAAAGAAGCGGAACAGGCCAGCGCCAGGGAUCAUGCAGUCGCAGAAGCUUUGCGGUUGCGCUCAUCUGACCUGCCUGUUGUACGCCAAGUUGUAAAUAAACAAGCGUCGAAAGCAGGAGGUGCAGCGACGCCCAGCUCUCAAAUGAGGAGGCAACUUUCGCCUGCCAGCUCACCAGAAGAGGGACCCUCUUGUACUAGUUCUGAACUAGAAGACGAGGUCAGUGGUCCAGAAGACGUCUUUGAAGGUGUUGCUGGGAAGCAUGAUAUUAUUAACGUGGAGGCACCUGCAGCUCCAGUAGUAUCUAGGUCGACGAUGUUGAAAACGGCAGCAGGUCGAGUCGCGGAUGAAUCCCCGGCACACGAACAGCCAUCCGAUCCACCUCCCGGGGCCCGUAAAAAUCCACACCAAUCAGGACGGGAUAGUCCUUCGAGACCGAUGAAAAAUUCCGAAGCUCUGAAUAGUCGAGGAGCUCCUGCUAUAUCACCUCGAUUUGUAGUACCACGACAAGCUGCACCACCGACGCCGCGGCCAUCCGAGCACAACCGGGGAGAUCCGGAAAACUUGCGGCGGGCAAUAGACUAUUACAAUCUCCAGGAUGAAGACAUGCGGCAUAUCGAAUGAGUAGAACAAUUGGUAUGAAAUAAGUUCCGCUAGCUGCAUUUGGCGGGCUCGGGCUGCCUUUUCUAUUCUUGUCCUUACUUUCCCCUUUAAUACGGAGCCGCGAGAGGCUUCCUUAUUCACGACCUAGAGCUGCUUCAUCCCGGUGGACGAAAAUUAAUGAACUGUGACAACUGUAAGUUGGAGACGAAGAUCUUCGUUUCAUGGAAAUGUACGCAAACUUUCUUUCUACACACACAAUGUACACCACCAUAAGUAUACAAUUAGAUGGAGGCGAUUUUCGUCAAUGAAGGCUGGAACUUGUGCGAAUGUGGGUGGUC